AUGGCUCACUCAAGCCCGAAUCACCUAGUGGCCCGCCCUGGCAGUAGUGCCUUGCGAUUUCUUGUCUGUCGCCCUUCUCCUCCAGCCUCUAGAUCGCAGUUUCUUUCAUCACUGCCGUUCGCAGUCCGUCUGAGCUCCAGCAGGGCGACAGACAGCAGCUCGUCAUCCCUGCCGCCGCCGCCGCCGCCCUCGAGAUGGAUCACCGAGCUCCGUGCUCGCGUCGGCAAGUGCAUCAGCUUCGGCUGUGACAACCAGCAGAUAUCGCGGGCGGCGGCUGUCGCCCGUGCGAUCGCCCUUGAGUGGAGAGACUUGCUUGCCGGGAGCGAAGGUUUCCUGACGGGCGGCCGGCGCGGGCUCGACCGGCAUAAGAUUGCCUGGGGGGAGAUGGACAGCUUUGGGCACGUCAACAACGUCAACUACUACCGCUACGCUGAGUCGGCCAGAGUCAACUGGAUCACCAACUUCGCUGUCCAUGUCGACCCGGCUCACCGGUCGGAGUGGUCUGAGCUCAUGUCUCCCAAGGCGACGGGGCUGAUCAUGCGCAGUCUCAAGGCCAACUUCAAAUUUGUGGGUGCAUGCCUGAAACCCGCUCCCCUGUGUACAAGUCCAAUGGUCUACCCAGACAACAUCUCAGUCUACCACAAGCUGCGGACGAAGCCGGAGAGGGACGCAGCGCCGAGCGCCUUCAUGCUCGACUGUGUCAUCCUGUCGCACCAGCACCGAAGGAUUGCUGCGAGACUGGAGGAGGACAUCGUCAUCUACGACUACAAGGCGGCGAGGAAGGCCAGCAUGCCGCCUUUCAUGCUGGAUCUGUUCGCGGAGACGUACAAACUGCAAGUGGAAGAGACGGCGAGGGCGAGAGGACGGAUAUGGGACCUUAUCGCGGCUGUAGAGAGGCUCGAGAAGGAAACGUGGGAUCGGGAAGAUGCAGUGGAGGACAUGGGAAGCUUGAAAGGAGCGCACAAAGUCUAG